AGUGUGGCAAAAUGAUGGCGACAACAUGAAACUGAAGACUUGGAAUCGUAUUUUAUCUCAGUUUAUCGGCUUUAGUAGUCGCUGACAAUGGAAUUUACUUCAUUUUGUGUCAUGGAAAAUUGUGCUACCUGCUGCUCUUGUCUCAACUAAUUCUACACAGCUCUGUUAGCUAGUUAGCUAAGCUGCGAGAGGAUCACGUUAAGUGGGCUACUUGUUAUCGAAACGGGUUGUUCUCGAUUUUUUUUCUCCUAAAGUCAAAUUAUUCAGAAAAACAUAUUAAAUAUUACAAUGGCCCAUAAGAGCAUUGUGGAAGAUGCAACAAAAGGUUUAGAUCACUCCGGUAACGAGGGUUGCAGCGGCGGCCUGCGGUGUCGACCUUGCUCCACCGAGAGAGACGGACAAGUCCGGGCGAUUAAAGCCCAGUUACUGGAGCGGCUUGGACCGUAUGAACGUGUGGUGACUUAUUUGCAGUCCGUAUUGGUGUGGGAAAGACCCUUUUAUAGUGUGUUACUGUGCACGCUGGUCAACGUUGUAUUCUGGUUUUUUGCUCUGACCUCCCUGAGGGUUGUUUGCCUGGUGGCCUCAGGUCUGACUCUGGCCGUGUGUGUGGACACCUGGAGGAACAAAAUAUGGCCUCGCAUUAAAGUGAAAAGAUCUGACGAUAGUGAGAAUGAAAGCUGGGGCCUGGUGCAACCUGGGACUUUGAGUGUUCCUGAACUGUGCCACCACAUGGCAGAACUGUGGGUGUCUGGGUCGACAUGGGUCUCCAGCACUGUCAAUUAUAAACGACAGAGCCCAGGGAAGUUCUGUCUGUUGGUCUGUGGUCUGUUCUCCUUCCUGGCAGUGGUGGGACGCCAUGUCCCUGGACUGGUUCUGUCCUAUCUAUCAGUGUUGGUGGUGCUGGCGGGUCCUUUGGUGCUGUACCAUCGGCUGUGGCAGCGUGUGUGUGUCAGGCUGGAGCCAGCCCUGCAGUGGCUGGACUUCAGUGUUAAAGGGUACAUGAUGUCCAAGCCCAUAGACAACCAGUUCCUCCGACGACCCCUCAGGAGCGGCGAUCCGGACGACGCCAGCGACAGCGAGGAAGAGCUGGCCGCGUUCUGCCCGACGCUCGAUGACGCCAUCGUUGCUAAGGAGCUGGCACUCACUGAUUCAGAACACUCCGACGCUGAGGUCUCCUACACGGAAAACGGCACCUUCAACCUCUCCAGGGGUCAGACGCCUCUCACAGAGGGGUCAGAGGAUCUGGACAGGCACAGUGACCCUGAAGAAUCAUUUGCUCGCGACCUCCCAGACUUCCCUUCCAUCAACCCUGACGCCACCCUCAUGGAGGACGACGAUGACCCCAGUCUUGGGCUACCCAGCCUGGGCUCCACCACCCAGUCCGGCCCCCGUCGGACGUCUGCCCUCCUGGACCUGGACUCCCAGCUGGAUUCAGAUCAAGAAGACCUCGACCCCGAGCUGUCCCUGGACGCCCUGAACAUGACCUCCAACCUCACAGGCGACCUGGCAGGGGUCAUCGCCAGCAACAUGAUCCAGGCGGCCAUCGUUGGGGCCUUGCAACCCAAACCACCUCAGGGUCAAAGACGGGAGGGACCCCCCAGGGCCGGAGCAGGGGUCCCCCGCGGGUACCGGAAGCAGUCCAGCUCAGAGCUGGAUACAGAUUUGGACCUGGAUCUGGAUGCGGAGGACUUUGAGAUGCUGGACCAGUCAGAGUUAAGCCAAAUGGAUCCGUCAGGCGGCUCGACUGGGAGAGGAACCGGGCAGAGCCGGACCCAGGGUUCCGGCUUCCUGUCCAACCUGCUAGGAAAGCCACAGUGAACGCUGUUUUUGUGUGUGUGCAUGUGGGUGAGUGUGACACACACCGUGUGACACACACUUCAGUUUAGUUUGGAGCAAAUCUGUGGUGUAUGCUGUUAUGUGUGUGUCAGUUGUAUGUUUGGAAUUGGCUGACUAUCAGGUGUGUGUGUGUGUGCGUGUGUGUGGGUGUUUUGCACAGUAAUUUGUGAUAUUAGGUCCCAGUAGCCAGGAAAUCUUCCCCUGGCUUCCAUUAAUAUCACUGUGAAGUAUAUAAUUUUCCUUUAGUCUGAUAAACGUCUCAAUAGAAGCGUUGAGGGGGAGGAGUUUGGGGUUGGGGGCGGAGUCUGUUUUCCUCUCAUUUCUAAUGUCCGUUUUCCAAAUAACCUCGCGUUGUUCGCUUGGCUAAGCAACAAGACGCACACUCGCAAAUUUUUUUAAAUUCAACCCGAUAUACCGCUUAAAUUAACCAGCGUUACAAAAAGCGACAUGGUAAUUCAAAAUGUGUGCUUUUGGUUGGACAGGCAUUCUUUUUAUUUUACUUAAUUUAUUUUUUGAAAGAAAGUUUGAAAUAAUAUCAUGCUAGGAUUUUUUUUUCCUCCCAAAAGUUUUAGCUUGUUUAAGACGUUAAAAAGAAUGACCUUGGGACCAAUCAAGACAUUCCUGCAUAG